CCUGCUUAGUUAUAAAGUCAUGUAGUGGAUCGAGCAGUUUUCUUCGAACAGCGAUACAGCAGGCUGUAUAACCUGACGUGUUUCUCCAUUACAGAGUUUUGAGUGAAGAGCUGUCAUGUUCUGUGAGCCUACAGGCAUCUGAAGUUGCAAAAUAGCCAAUGUUGAAGAAUAUGAAUCAAUAAAAGCAGAAUUAAUCACCUCUGGGCAGUGCUACAUGCAGAAGGAUGGGUUUGCUUCAUCCAGUCGUGAGCCAUCGGAAAUGAAAGACUGUGUAAUGUCACCUGUCUGCUUUAUGGACGCAUUCCACAUCGUACUCUGGAGACUUUGACCCUAAAAGUGCCUGAGAAAGCUGCCUGGGUGUCCACUUUCCUCUCCUUUCUAAAAACAAACCACAUUUUCAUUUUGUAAAAAUGGGCCCUUUUAUGUCUCCUUUCAAUAAUCUGCUAUGCAUGCUGUUGGGCAUCUCUUUCACUGUCUGGUUCACGCUGCUCUUGGUCUUCAUCAUCGUUCCUGCCAUUUUCGGUCUGUCUUUCGGUAUCCGCAGACUCUACAUGAAGACGCUGCUCAAGGUGUUUGAGUGGGCCACAGUGAGGAUGGAAAGAGGAGCCAAGGAGAAAAACCAUCUUUUGUACAAGCCUUACAGUCUUAAUAGUACGUGUGUCAGUGGCUGUGUAAACACUGUGCACUGUUACACCUGUGGGAAAAUGAUCUGUUGCUCCUGCUGUAUGACAUUUGACCUGUUUACCACAAACUCACAUUGCUCUGCUUCUCCUGCAACUAUUUACACCCUUUGCUCACAAACUCCUCUCUUUGUCUUUCUCUGGGACAGUGAAAACAAACCCAAGAAUGGAGGCAUCUGUGUCGCCAACCACACGUCACCCAUUGACGUCAUUAUACUAGCCAGUGACGGAUGCUAUGCAAUGGUGGGUCAGAUCCAUGGGGGCCUGAUGGGGCUCAUUCAGAGGUCUAUGGUGAAAGCUUGUCCACACAUUUGGUUCGAGCGCUCAGAAGUCAAAGAUCGCCAUCUAGUGGCUAAAAGGUUGAGCGAUCACGUAAAAGACAAAAGCAAACUGCCCAUCCUCAUAUUCCCCGAAGGUACCUGCAUUAAUAACACAUCAGUCAUGAUGUUCAAGAAAGGAAGCUUUGAAAUUGGCUCAACCGUCUACCCUGUCGCCAUAAAGUAUGACCCUCGGUUUGGGGAAGCCUUCUGGAACAGCAGUAAGUUUGGGAUGGUGAAUUAUCUGCUCAGGAUGAUGAGUAGCUGGGCCAUCGUCUGCAGCGUGUGGUACCUGCCUCCGAUGAGCCGUCAGGAAGGUGAGGAUGCAGUGCAGUUUGCUAACAGAGUAAAGGCAGCCAUUGCCAGACAGGGUGGUCUAGUGGACCUGCUGUGGGAUGGUGGGUUGAAACGAGGGAAAGUGAAAGACACUUUCAAAGAGGAGCAACAAAAACUCUACAGCAAGAUUUUGGUUGGAACGCAAGAGGUCCGCAGUCGUUCUUGAGGAGAGGAGAUGAAUCAGGUGAGGACCUGGAGGGCAAGAGAGGGCUCAGAGACAUGGACAACGACGUUAUGCUUUUGUUUUACAUCCAAUAACAAGAACUGUCCUUGUUUAAUUGUUCGUCUUUGUGAAAAAGACCAAAGUGUGUCCAGUGUUAGGUCAGAUCGUGAUCAAAACACCAUGAGAUGUGUUUUGAUGCGUAAUGGUACUUUUACUGAAGUCAGUGUAGCGUGAUUCAGUCCAUAGUGGCCGGGUCACUCAUGAGGAGUCAUAAGGACGCAAUGCAGCAGUUUAAUGGUUUCUCUCUCUUUUUGUUCGUUUCUUGGUUAGUUUUUUUUUUCUUUUAUUAUCAUUUACUCCUAACGUGUCAUUAGGACACGGUAAACUAUUACAUUUGAUGGCCAUGUAUGGUUGAAGGAAACGCCUCAUCAGGCUGCACGUAGGUGUCCGAGAGCAUUUCUAUCUCUCUGCUAUACUUCUGCUGCGUGAAUCACUUUAAUCCUGGAUUUUAACAGGAGAAAACAGUGGAAAUAUUCAUGGAAAACCUGCAAUUUAAGGUUAGCCUGACCUUUGCAGAUGAAUAAUCUGCAUUGACCUUUCAAAAUACCUCUGGAUAAACAAUCAAACCUGUGUGAAGGGUUUGAGAAGAAUUAGUUAUAUAUUGUUAGUUUUUUUUUUCUCGUCCUUGUGUGAAAGAUCCAGAACUUUUCCAUUCACAUCUGGGAGUCAAAUCAUGAGAGUCUUAAUGACAUUGGCCAAGUGACGGCCAAUUGAAAACUCUAUGAACUAUUCUUCAGGUACUGCACUCAUUCAAAUUAAAACAAUUGUUUGUGAUGUUUUAAACAACACUAUGCAGCAUGUACUGUAAAUAUGCAACCAGUGUUUCCUACAGGACUUUUUUUUUCAGAUCAAUCAACCCUAAAACAUGUUAAACAAUAACAUAUUUUUUCAACACAUCAAUAAUUUUUUUCAAUAUAUUAUUAUUAUUUUAAAGUAAAAUCCAUUUUAUUACAACAAAACUCUAAAAUUCUGUUGCAAAUUUAUGUCUUCAAAACCCAGUUAUCAGUUCUGGGCUCAUUUUGAGUUCCUUGAGCGAGCGAGUAAUCAGAUUCGAUUGAAUAAGCUGUCUGAUGAUUUAUCUGUGUGAUUUUGUCUGUUCAGACCAAUGCAUAAAAAAACUGCAGACAGGCUGAAUGAACAUAAAAAUUCACUCUGAUAUUUUUUACACCGAACAUUAGUCUUAAACAGGCCUUUACUGAACUCAAAAAUUCCACGUCCUUUCAGAUGAAGCUUUAGCGCAACAACAUCCUGAAUAGCAGUGCAGGAAACACUGUACGCAACUAACUAGCUCUAAAACUAAAACACUAAAGGGCUCAUAAUGAAGCAGAAUGAAAAAGUAGUAUUUUUACAACAUGCUGUGUAACAAAAAGGCUGCAUCCGAAAUCAAACACUCUUACGUUUGAAUAAAAGAAUUACUUCACGACUGCUAAAAAAAGUCUGUUCUAUGUAGUAUGAAUUUGUGUCAUAUGAAUGUAAUCCGGAUGUACUACAUACGUCACGUUGUCAUUGUCAUGUGACUAAUAGUAGCAGCAUCAGUUGCGUCGCUUCACUGUCAUUCACAAAUCAUCUCUCGUGGCAUCAUCCGCUUUUUUAUGAAUGCUGUGAAUUCGGACAUACUACUCGUACUGUUUUUUGCCUACUAUAUGCAAAGAAUAUUAUAUGGGAAGUAUGCGAUUACAGAUGCAGUCUGUGUACCAAGGGUCUUUAAUUUCAGGACUAUGUUUGGUUACAACUGCUGAUGAACAAGAUGUUGUUUGUUUAGUUGUUAUUGUAUUAAAGCUUGAUCCACAUGUGUGAAGCUGUUUCUGAGUCACUUUAGCUUUUAGACUUCUAAUGUGUAAGAUUCAUUUGGAUCUGAUGAAGCCUGAUUCUCCAGUAACAUUAAAGCUGUGAAGAUUUUAAAGGCACAAUAUGUAAGAUUUUUUUAUUAAAAUAUCCAAA